AUGCCAAAAGGCUUACUUCUAUUAUUAAGCCUUUUAUGGGUUCGUAUAAGUUCAGAAACAGAAUUCCAAAUCCGCAAUGGAUGCCCAUUCUUUGAUAUAAACAGCAAAAUAAAUCUACUGCAAGAGGACACCUACUUCAAUGAUAAUGAAAAGCUUGAAGUUUAUAUAAAAGGCUUUAUCAACAAAGAAUCUCUUUUCAGCACAAUCCACCAGGUAAUUCCUAAUGACUGAAAAGAAAAAGUCCAAAUAAAAGAUAUCAGAUACCUCCACCCUUCAGCAGUCUGAGUCCCUGAAAGAAAUUUAUUUUUAGUAGCUAUGCGGGUAUGGGUCUUAUCUAGAAUUUGCUUUAUUUAUACUACUUUUUAUGAUAAAGACUGGAAAGAAGUUAAAGAUGAAAUUAUAAUUGGGUCAACAAAAGUCCCUUCUGUAUUAGACAUACCUAUAAAUAAAAAUGCUUUUUUUGAGAGAAGUUAUUUCUUGCUAACUUUUUCUCCCUUAUGGAAUUUUUAAUAUAGGGUCCAGUUUAUCCAUGAAACUUUUCUCUGAAAUAUCAUGGGACUCAUUGUAAGAUGAAUGCUUGGCACAGGGUAAUGGCAUAGAUUUUGCUAUGGGGAGGGAGACUCUAGGUGAAAAACAGCUGAGCCAAGUUAGGGAAAGGCAAGGUAACGCAGCCCGUGGGGUAGCUAACCGCCAUUUGUUCAAAAUGUUCGACAAGAUCAAAAGGGUCACUAAUUUGGCGAUCUCAUGGGGCUUUGAUAGUUAUCCUGCAGAUCAGGCAACACCCUAAGCACUUUAACUAUUAGACAUUCCUCAUUCCUGGAGUAUUGAAAACAGCGGCCCAGAAGACGGACGGCUUUUCAGAGCGUUUUCUGAUCAAUUUUUUAUUGCUUUUAAUAUGAAAAAGCUUGAUUUAUCAGCACGGCCUAUGUUUAUUUAUAGCUAUACCACAAAGAAAACCCAGCAGCUUUUUAUUCCAGAGCAUCAAGGCAAAGUCGUAAUUAUGGAAAAAAACUGGUCGCCUCUCAUUAUAGAUAACGAGCAUUUAUAUUUCGUAUAUAACUUCGAAAAUUUCCAAAUAAUUAACUGUAAAACUGAUGGAAAUUGCAUUAGGGUACAUGGAGAUUAUAAAUGGAAGCCAGGAUUCCUAAGAGGUGGGUCCCCGUUUGUCAGGUUUAGGAAUUCUAAUUAUUAUAUUGCUCUCAGCUGGACCCACACAGAGCUCCCAAAAGAAGGAUGAUGCUAUUUAUACAGGCCAGCCCUUACAAUAGCAUAUGCAGCUGCUGCAAACCCUGAUUUUGAUCUAGUCUACACAAGUGAGCCAAUUGAUUUUCAUAAAAGGCUCUUUAUUAAGCCUGCAGGGCCAAAAGACUCUCUUGAUGACAUAAAUAGCUGCCAUACCUGGCUAAUGUCCAAUUCUAUAGCAAAAUGAGACUUUGAAAAUGAUAUAGUCGACAUCACGCUUACACAUCAGGACAAUUAUCCUGUAGCAGUAAAAGCUACAGGCUUGACAAAGCUAGUGAAAAGCAUAAUUGAGCUAUAUGAGUAUGGGAAACUCCCACAAGAAGACCAUUGUGCUGAUAAGCUGCUUUAUUUUUACUAUAAUAGAGAUGACUUGGCUUAUCCUGGAAAAGGAAUGGAAGAAGGAGAAUUCGAAAAAAAAAUCAAGCCGAACUGCCAGAAAGGGGAAUAUGUUGAGAAGACGUCAAAGAAUAAAACAGAAGAGUGGCCCUGAGUUUUUGAAGAAUAACUUUAUGCAUAUCCAGAUGUGGCUUUUUUGAUGCAGAGAGCUGCAUGAGUGCAAGCUAGAGGGCCAGCACAUUUCCGCUGAUUUCAGCUUUGCUCAAGAAGCAGUUUUUGUAAAAAAAAGCUAGAUAUUUAUAGAGAUGGUUUCUCAGGCUCUCAACAAUGACUAUUAACUUAAAAAUCGGCCUGGCUCCAAUCUUGCAGCUUUCCUGUUGCUAAGUGGAGCCAGCAUAAGGGCUUAAAUGCACAUAACUUGCUAUAAUUUAAUCUGAGCCGGCGUCUGAUUCCUGUCAAAGUAAAAAAUAUUUAGAAUGCCAUAAGCUUUGUGCUGAGUGUGAAGUUUACGAUUAUUGCAAAAGCUGCGCAGACCCAAAUUCAAGCCCAGUUUCGGGCUAUUGUAUCUGCAAUGACGGGUAUUAUUCAAAAGGUGAUAUCUGUAAAAGUAAUUUUCAUUAUAGAAUGCUCAAAUGGCUGCGCAAAAUGUUCAGCCAGAAAUAAUUGUUUGGCUUGUAAAAACCCAAAUACUGUUAUUGAUAAUGGUAUUUGCAAAUGUGUUGAAGGAUUUGUAGAGGUGUAUGACCAAGCCAGCUCAGAAUUUGUGUGCAAAAGUAAUAGCUAUGUAGCUUAUGACCCAAAUCAAAAGUUUGGCUGUUAUAGAGGUAGGUCAGAAAUAGAGCUAAGCGAGUAUCAAAAUGUAAUGAAAAUGACUUUUGGGUAUCAGGAAACAGGCCAGCGAUUGGGUGUAUUUUUAUCAACACAGAAAGAACUUCCAAGCAUAGAAGAAAAUAAAUUUUGUGAAUCCGAUAUCACAAAAAAUAAGGUAGAAACCCUGAAAACUAGCUGAAUUGAAGAUGGCUUUGAGAUUGAAGUCGAUAUAAAAAUUACAAAACUAAAAUAA